AUGGACCCGAUCAUUGAUUUUCUGGAGAAGGCAAGGCUCCCCAGCGAUGACAAGCUGGCCAAAAUGAUAAGGCGGGAAGCAGCCAAGUAUGCAAUCAUACAGGGCCAGUUGUUUAAAAAAGAAAUCAGCCAACCCUUGUUGAAAUGUCUGCAUCCCAACCAAACGGACUAUGUGCUCAGAGAAGUCCAUGAGGGGUGUUGCGGUCACCACAUCGGGGGCAAAGCUUUAGCGAGAAAGCUCAUCAGAGCAGGGUAUUACUGGCCGUCAAUGAUGAAAGACUCCAAAAAAUUCUUCACUGAUAAGAAGUUCGUAGAGUUCCUCGCCAGUUUGGGCAUAAAGCAAAAGUUCUCAUCUAUGGAACACCCCCAGACGAACGGCCAAGUUGAGGCUGCGAACAAGGUCAUCUUGUUAGGCCUCAAGAAGCGGCUGGAUAAGAAAAAGGGAGCAUGGGCUGACGAACUCGCCUCCGUCCUCUGGUCCUACCACACAACCCAGCAAUCGUCCACAGGAGAAACCCCAUUCCGCCUGACAUACGGGGUGGAUGCUAUGAUACCUGUAGAGGUCGGCAAGCCAAGCCACUGUUACUUCUGGGAGGAGUAG